CAUAAUCAGUUCAACACAUAUGUGUGUAAAUAGUUAUCCAUUUCGUUCUUAAUCACCCGAAACAUGUGUAAUAUGUGUAAUUUAUUAGAGUCCCUUUUGUAACAGAUUUCACCAUGUUGCUCAACACUGACAACAAUAUACCGUCAACCAGGUGCUCUUUAUCCUCCAGUUCGAAAUUUAGUUAUCAGUGUAAUCACGGUCAAUAUGCCAAAGAAAUUUAAAGGAGAGAACUCCAAGGCAAGUGAGGCCCGAGCUCGCAAGGCAGCUGUACAACAUGCAGCCCAGGCAAAGAGAGAGCAGGAACUAGAAGAUGAGUAUUGGAAGGAUGAAGAUAAACAUGUGCAGAAGAAGCAACAGAGAAAGGAUGAGAAAGAAAAAAAGAAAAAUGAGCUUCUUGAGAGGAAACAGCAGCUGAAACAGCUUCAUGAUGAGGAAAUGAGUGCACUGCCUGGUAAAGCAAGUGCCAGACCUAGCAAGUUAACCAGAGCCCAGGUAGAAGCAAAUGUAAAGAAAAUGGAAGAAGCAAGUAAAGCAGCUAAGAAAGAAGAGGAUUUGACUCACAUUGAAAAGCCAUUGGAGGAGAAUGUAAAUGUAAUUCAAGUGGAAGGAGUUGAGGCAAGAUCUGUGGAGGAUGCUAUCGCAGCAUUAAGUACCAAUGAUACAGAAACAGUAGAGAGGCAUCCAGAGAGGAGAGUCAAGGCAGCAUAUGCAGCUUAUGAAGAAGAAAAUUUGCCUCGUCUGAAACAGGAAAAUCCAAAUAUGAGACUAUCUCAGUUAAAACAGAUGUUAAAAAAAGACUGGCAGAAAUCUCCCCAGAAUCCUUUGAAUCAAAGGAGCUUAGCUUACAAUGCCAAGGCCAGCUGAAAUUUCAGUGUCGAUUUGGUAACAGCUUGAAACCACACAUGGUUUUAAAUAUUUCAUAAAAUCAUGUCCAGCUUGCACUACCUCCCAGCUUGAAGAGUUACCUGGUCAGGAAAGAUUUCAGUUGGUACAUUUUAAAGUAAAAGUGGUGCUUAUCAAGAUGUAUCAAACAAUUAAAGAAAAGUUACAAAUCAUUCACCAAACUUGUUGUGAACCACUAGUGUAGUAAGAUACAACAUAUUUCAACUCUUUCGAAAGAGUCAUGUUUCUUGCAAAAAAAAAAAAUAAUAAUAAUAAAAAUAAUAAAAAUUAGCUAGGCUUUUAAAUACAUAAAUCUAAAAUUCUCUGGGUCUUUAAUAAAAUUUAAUCACCCAUUUCUGUUAAAGAUGAAAUCUGUGUGAAUCUGUGUCUGAUUUUGAUCUUCUGAUGGUGUCAGUUCCCCAUCAUUUCAUCAUUCCCAUCAUACACUGGUCAGUAUAACUCAAAAGUUUUUGGAGAAAAAGUUUGUGGAGGGUAGAAAAUUAUGUAAGAUGAUCUGCUGCACACCGCUUUAUGACAUUAGCUUUAUCAAACAGACUAUCAAAUAAACAAAUAAUAAUAACUUAUAAAUAAAAUAAAUGUGGACUAUUAAUCAUUGAA